AUGCAGACCACGAGUUUACGUUCCAGACAGGGGGAAACAGACCCCCGACCCAUGACUCAACGAGUCGAGAAUGCCUGGGAUACCCUUCGCUCAAUAAAGAACCCAGUCCUUGAAUCCGACAAAUCGAGAGGAUUACUAGGGACUGCGGUGUACUAUGGGCGCCAAACAGUCCGACUGCUAUUCUUGAAUGGCCCUUCGACCGAAAAACCCGAGCGAAAACUGAACAAAAAUCUUGCGGGAGCAGUGGAGGAGUUAAGAACAGCCGCGGACGAAGAUAGGGACCCGGAUGCGAUGUUCCUGCUAGCGGAGAUGAACUUCUAUGGAAACUUCUCCCAUCCCCGCGAUUUCAAAGAGGCCUUCCGCUGGUAUCAUGAACUUGCAUGGCUGGACGGAAACAACACAGCGCAGAACAUGGUUGGGUUCAUGUAUGCGACGGGAAUCGGCGGUGCGGUCGAACCAGACCAGGCAAAGGCCCUGAUGUACCAUGAGUUUGCAGCCGAAGCAGGGAACAUCCGUUCGGAGAUGACACUUGCGUAUCGCUACCACACUGGUAUUGGAACACCGAAGGACUGUGAUCACGCGAUCCAUUACUACAAGAAGGUUGCGGACAAGGCAAUCGAGUACUACCGUUCAGGCCCUCCGGGUGGUAGGGCUUUGGUCCGAGAAUCUUAUCGUUGGGCAGAUGAAGAGGGUGGCGUCUACGGUCCAGGAGCCAGUGUGUCGAGCUCGGGUCAAAAUGCGCGGGACCCUGCCAAUGCCACCCCUGAGGCUAGCGUGGAAGAUAUCCUGGAGUACUUGGACCUCAUGUCCCGGAAGGGUGACCUGAAGGCUACGUACACCCUUGGUAAAAUGAAUUUCGAGGGCGCCCGGGGCUUGCCGCGGAAUUUCCGACGGGCUAUGAGGUAUUUCAAGGUUGUUACUAAGAAAUAUUGGCACAAGGAUGGAUCCGUCAACUCAAACCCUCCUGCAGGGCUUGAUAAGUUGGCGUCCAAGGCCGCAGGACAUAUUGGUCUCAUGUACCUUCGCGGGGAGGGGGUUGAACAACACUUCCCGACUGCCCUCACAUGGUUCCGGCGGGGUAUUGCGAACGGGGACUCCCUGUGCCAACAUUGGAUGGGUCUUAUGUAUCUAAAGGGCUAUGGGGUUCCUCAGGAUGGCUUCAAGGCGUCUCACUACUUCAAAGCAGCGGCGGAGCAGGAUUCCCCAGCGUCCGAAUCACGAUUGGGCGCUCUGUUCUUGGACCAAGGAGAUAUCCCAACCGCAACACGUUACUUUGAGCUUGCUGCCCGCUGGGGGUGGAUGGAGGCAUACUAUUACCUGGCUGAAAUGGCCCAUUUCGGUGUUGGAAGACAGCGGCACUGUGGUGUGGCCGCUGCCUACUACAAAAUGGUUGCCGAAAAAGCAGAGAUCGUCCACUCGGCCUUCGUGGAGGCAAACGCUGCUUACGAGUCUGGUGAUAAGGAGAGUGCUCUCAUUCCAUCGAUGAUGGCAGCAGAGCAGGGCUAUGAGAAUGCACAAGCAAAUGUGGCUUAUCUUCUUGAUGAACAUCGCUCUGUGCUCUCGCUCAGUUCCAUUCUCCCAUGGGCUGAGAAGACUCGGUCCUCCUUGAUGCGCAAUGCUCGACUAGCGUUGAUUUACUGGACCCGCUCUUCCAAGCAAGCCAACAUUGACUCCUUGGUCAAGAUGGGCGACUACUACCUGUCUGGAACGGGUACACCCGUCGACGCUGAAAAGGCCUCCACCUGUUACCAUAAUGCCGCUGAAGCCCACCACAGCGCACAGGGCUAUUGGAAUCUGGGCUGGAUGCACGAGAAUGGCGUGGCAGUAGACCGGGAUUUCCACAUGGCCAAGCGGUAUUACGACUUGGCUCUCGACCUCAGCCCCGAAGCAUAUCUGCCAGUGAAGCUAAGCUUGAUCAAACUUCGAGUUCGAGGAUAUUGGAAUCGUAUCACCAACGGGAACAUUAAUCCCAUCCACGAGGAGGAAGACUCGAAACCCCGCCGCACCUUCAAAGAAUGGGUCAAGGCUUUCAUCGAGAAUGACGAGGAGGGCUAUUAUGAAGACCUUUACGAACAACAACGGGGAGAGGAUGAUGAAUAUCGUGCCUUGGAAUCUGAAGGCCAUGAGGAUGGCUACUAUGACGACCUGGAUCUCGAAAUCGACGAGGGAAUGCUUGAGGGCCUGCUGAUUGUCGGAUUGGCUGCUGCGCUGUUGGUUUUGGUUUAUUUCCGUCAACAGCAGCAGCGUAACCGACAGAAUGAGAACGCCCAUGCCAAUGCCAAUGCCAAUGCUAAUAUCAAUGCCCAGAAUGGAAACGGGAACGCCAAUGAUCGUGGAUUAUUCCCUCAGCCUGGUGAUCCUGAUUUUGGGCAAUGGGUGGCAGGAGGAGUUGGUCAUUGA